AUGAAGUACAUCCAAACCGAUCAAAUCUUAGAUAUCCCAGAAGGUGUUACCGUCUCCAUCAAUGCCAGAUCCAUCAAGGUCACCGGUCCAAGAGGUGAAUUAUCCAAGGACUUAAAACAUAUUGAUGUUACUUUCGCUAAGAUUUCUAACCGUGCCAUCAAGAUCACUGUCCACAACGGUGACAGAAAGCACGUUGCUGCUUUACGUACCGUCAAGUCUUUAAUUGCUAACUUGAUCACCGGUGUUACCAAGGGUUACCAAUACAAGAUGAGAUUUGUCUAUGCGCAUUUCCCAAUUAACGUUAACGUUAUCCAAAAGGAUGGUGAAAACUUUGUUGAAAUCAGAAACUUCUUGGGUGAAAAGAGAGUUAGACAAGUUAAGAUUACCGAUGGUGUUACUAUGGAAAUCUCCACUGCUCAAAAGGAUGAAUUAAUUGUUUCUGGUAACUCUUUAGAAGAUGUUUCUCAAAACGCUGCUGAUAUUCAACAAAUCUGUCGUGUUAGAAACAAGGAUAUCCGUAAGUUCUUGGAUGGUAUUUAUGUUUCCGAACGUGGUACUAUUGUUCAAGAUCUUUAA